AUGGACCCCUUCUCGCCAGCGCAUCAACCCGAUGAGGGCUACUCCGAGGAUCCUUUGAAUCCCACUGUUCAUCAGAGCCUACCUGCGAGCUUGGCCACUCUGCGAUCGCCAGCUGAGCUGCCAUCAUGGCUGGCAAGCAAUGCCUCGACCUUGCCUGUCUCUGUGAAGAAAGAAUUGACACUCGCACUCCUCGAUGAUCUUCCUACCUCCGCCAUUGCUGAAAUCGUCCAGCGUCUAAACCCUCGAUUAUACAUCGAUUUUGUCCAAUAUCUUCCGGCCGAAAUCUGUCUCAAAGUACUGGGCUAUCUUGACCCUAUAUCAUUAGUUGGCGUCGCCCAAACAUGUCGAGCGUGGUACGAGUUGGCUCUGGAUAGAAAACUCUGGGAGAGACUAUACUAUCUUGAAGGAUGGAAAGCUGUUACGAGUGAUAUUGCAGCCGCAGAGAACAAAAUCAACUCUGGCUUAACCAGCUCCAUCGGCCAUUUGCAUCGGAUCCAAAAUGCUGAUGGUCAAACCAACAAGAUUCGAGCUAUCCUAAAUGACGAUGGAGACUUGGAAAUGACCGGGACCGAUCGGCGACACAGCGGAUCGGAUAACAUAGGCAUUGGUGGUAGCAUUUUCGGGACACCCGGCUCAUCAUUCUCGUCUCAUCGGCCAGUCAUGUCACCUGUGAGCGGUGAUGUUGACAUGGAUGCGAGCUAUGCCUCAAAUUCAUCAACGUGCAAGGGCAAAAGCGUUGACAGAAGUUUUAGCUCCUCGUCAGAUGUCGUUCGUGUUAAGCGGAAAGAACCAGGGGGAACACCAGAGCCGUCUUUGCCUCCGAUUCUUCCAGCAGAUCAUCCGAGUGCUUCGAUGCGAUCAACUUUGUGGUCUUGGGACGUCAACAGCUCGAGGUAUCGCAUCAACUGGAAGUAUCUCUACAACAUGCGACGAAGGCUCGAGUCCAAUUGGGAACUUGGCAAAUACACGACAUUUCAGUUGCCGCACCCACAAUUUCCCGAAGAAGGACAUCAGGAAUGUGUCUACACAUUACAAUUUGAUGCCGAUUAUUUGGUCAGCGGUAGCAGGGACCAAACCAUGCGCAUAUGGAAUAUUCGAACCCGUCGCUUGGUUCGGCCACCUCUGAUUGGACAUGCUGGCUCAGUCUUGUGUCUUCAGUUUGACGCCGACCCCUCCGAGGACAUUAUUGUUUCCGGGAGCAGUGACUCCAAUGUCUUCAUCUGGAAGUUUUCGACUGGCGAGCUGAUUCAAAAAAUUACUAAGGCGCAUCGCGAGUCAGUUCUUAAUGUUCGCUUUGAUAAGCGGAUUCUUGUCACGUCUUCAAAAGACAAAACUAUUAAAAUUUUUAAUAGAAGACCUCUUCGCUUUGGAGAGCUGGGAUAUGGCUCGGCCGAUGCAGCCUUCAGUGCGGCAGGCAAGACUGUCAAACGCUACGGAUAUGAACCAGAUCUAGCACAGGAACUUCCUCUUAAGGAGCCGUAUACCAUGAUUGGGCGCUUAGAGGGCCACGGCGCCGCCGUGAAUGCCAUCCAAGUCAGAGAUCGUACCAUUGUUUCCGUCUCUGGAGACAGGCAUAUCAAGGUUUGGGAUUGGCCAGAUCAAGUGUGUACCCAAACUAUCCCCGCUCACGAUAAGGGCAUUGCGUGUGUCGAGUUUGAUGGACGACGAAUUGUGAGCGGCAGCAGCGAUUAUGAAGUGUGUAUUUUUGAUGCCCCGACGGGUCUCAAGGUUGCACAACUGCGUGGCCACGCACACCUUGUGAGAACUGUACAAGCCGGGUUUGGCGACCUGCCCUACAGCAAGAUCGAAGACGAGUUAGAAGCCAAGAAUGUCGAUGCCGAGUACUUCAAGGCUGUCGAAGCUGGUGAGGUUGCUCGCGAAGGUGAAAGGCGGAACCGAAGGACGAGGAGAGUGAAUGCCGGAAGCUCUAGGCCAACUGAUGUACAGGCAUUUGGAGCCAAGGUGCCACCUGGAGGAGGAGGCGGUCGAAAGUAUGGGCGAAUUGUUUCUGGGUCCUACGACCAGAGCAUUAUUAUAUGGAGACGAGACAAAGAAGGUGUCUGGAAACCAGCACAUCAUCUUCGUCAGGAGGAGGCAGCAGCGGCCGCACAGCAACAUAUGGCGAUGGCAGCACCACCGCAAUCUACCCAGCAACCGGGGUUGGGUGCUCACCCUCAGGGCAGCCUCCCAAUGCACCCCUCUGUUCGCCCGACGAUCCUUCAUGCAUCUGGCUCUCGCAACAGACCUCAGCCUCCUGGCGAGAUGGGUCCGGUGGAUGGAGAAUCCAGUGGCAGUGGCAGUGGCACCGGUCAAGGAACCUCCGGGCUCUACAUGAAUUUGAUUGACCAGGUCGUGCCUCUGGGUGCACGAGCAUUGGAGCAGGCAAUAGCCAACUACCCAGCCGUAUUGAGUCAUCACAACUACCUGCAGUCCGUCAUUGAACGUGAGCCGUCGCCGUUGAUCCGCACGCAGCUUCGACAGGCGAUCACAGCGGCGUUGGUCUCCUUCCAAACGGGACAACAACCCGCGAGACAGCGACCGGUGAGUGCGUUGAACAACGCUACUGGCCAGGUAGAGGCGCCAGAUGGCGGCUUCUCUGUGGCUGGCCCGAGCAACGCUCCUGCGACACCAGGCAUGUCUCAACCCGCAAGCAUGUCCACUCCCAGAGCGACUCAAGCUGUUCCUGGGCCAUCAGCAGCAUCUGCAAUCUAUAUAGCACCGGAUGUGAACAUGACGACUGCUGCAACACCCCUACCGGUUCCUCUACCGACUCCUACGCCAGCGCCAGCGCAACCAGCCCAAGUGCCGACACCACAUACCGCUCCGCCACCAGCACAUCACCACCCUCACAUCGCCGCGGCAGAGAAUGCACCUGCCCGCGUUUUCAAGCUUCAGUUUGAUGCUCGCAAGAUCGUGUGCUGUAGUCAAGCGCCAGUUAUUGUGGGCUGGGACUUUUGCAACGGAGACCCUGAGCUUGAGGAGACUGCUCGAUACUUCGCUACUGUAGAUUAG